AUGGCGAACGAACUAGAUCUGAGCGCCCAGGACAGCUCAAUGGACCCGUCUUUACAUGUACACAGCCUCUCAGCGCCCGCCAACGCGUCAAGAGGCACAAGCAGCACGCCGGCCAGCAGGGGUGUCACGCCCAUGACGAGCUCAUCCGGUCUGCUCGUACCACCCGAGAGGACAUCCACGAGAUCGGCUACUCGAUCUCUCUCGCCUGCUCCGACUGUGGACGCGCUAGACGUACUCGCUUCUGCCGCCGCCUUGGCGCCUCCACUUCACAUCAGACCGACACAGAGCGCAACACCCGAACCGAGCACGAGCACGCGACGAACCCAGGCUGGAGAUGUUGAGAUACGCUCAAAGAGUGCCUCGCCCGCUGCGCUCGCCUUAGCGGGGGAACGAUCUGCUUCUCCCGCUGUGGCCGGUCCGAGUGCAGAUGCCAAAUCGCCCCAAGAGGCGAGCAUGACGGCCAUGGCAGAUCUGCUCAAGGGCAUGGAUCCUGCUGCACUCUCUCCGGCGGACAUGCUGGCUAUACAGAAGGAACACACCAGACGCAUUCGCUCUGCUGCUGCCAAGUUGGGUAUUCAGAGGAGACAAGCCAAGAUGGCUGCUGCUGCUGCGAGCAGUCUGACCACGCUCAAGGGUGGCAGCAAGCAACGAGCGGGCACGGGCAAGUCUAAGAAAGAUGAUGACGAUGGCGCGGGUGUCUCUCCCGCGGAAGAGGUCAAACGAAAGAAGAAAAGAGUGAAAGAGGACAAGGCCGGUUUAGUCGAGGAGGACGAAAAAGAUGAUCGACUUUACUGCAUCUGCCAACAACUCUACGACCCCGAACUGAUGAUGAUUGCCUGUGACAAAUGCGACGGGUGGUAUCAUACAGAUUGCGUACACAUCCGAGAUGCCGAUGUCGAGCUGGUCGACUUCUUCUGCUGUCCGCUUUGUGAGGCCUCGUCAGACCUCAAGACGACUUGGAAAACCCGCUGCAAACGUACAGGCUGUAACAAAGCAGUCCGAGUUCUGUCCAAAUUCUGCUCAGACUAUUGCGGCAUAGAGGUAGCAGCUUGUAAGCUCGAUAUCCAUGCCGAUCCUGUCAGAUUCUGGAACGCCGUCAAGGGCGCUCGCCGGAUGGAAGCACAGAUAACCCGACAUGGGGAUGUAGAGAUGACGGAUGCUGUCGAUGGCGAUCAGGACGAUAGAGAGCUCAAGCAACUCCAAGCUUCGCUGACCGAGCUCGUCGCCAAACGAGGCAAGAUCGACGCUACACUCGGCUCACUCCUCUCGAGGAUCGCGUUUCUCGAGAUUGUCGUCCGAUCUUGGGAAGCAACGCUGCCUGCUCAGGACAAAGAAUCGCUCAAGAAGCCAAAGGGUAAAAAGUCGAAUGCGAUCAGUCCUGAUGCUCCUUGUGGUUUCGAUCAGAGGCUCGUCUGGGAUGAGCGACAGUGGGAUGCUUGGACUUCUUCAGACGUGGGCCGACGCAUACUAUCUCAACCGAACAAGACGCUACCCCCGACGGAGCACGUCUGUCAGCUCACGCGAAGACAAUGCGAUCGACAUACAGGCUGGCAGAAACUCAGAGAGACUGAUUUCCAAAACGAGAAAGACGUUCAGACGAGGCGAUUGGAUCGUCAGGCGGAGCAAGAACGACAGGUCAGACGACGACUGGAGGAUCACGAAGAGCUCUCGCGUGCUCGGCUACGUUCGAAAGCACUCGCCAAUUCGUCCACGUAG